UCCGUAUCUCUACGCAAUGCCUAAAGUUAAAGUUUCCGGCACAAAGUUCCGUAUGACCCUCGGUCUUCCCGUUGGUGCUGUCAUGAACUGUGCUGACAACUCUGGUGCUAAGAACUUGUACGUUAUCGCCGUCCGUAAUAUCAAGGGUCGUUUGAACAGACUCCCCGCUGCUGGUUGUGGUGAUAUGGUUGUUGCCACCGUCAAGAAGGGUAAGCCCGAAUUGAGAAAGAAGGUCAUGGCUGCCGUUGUUGUUCGUCAACGUAAGGCCUGGCGUCGUAGAGAUGGUGUUUUCCUCUACUUUGAGGAUAACGCCGGUGUCAUCGUCAACCCCAAGGGUGAAAUGAAGGGUUCCGCCAUCACUGGUCCCGUUGCUAAGGAAUGUGCUGAUUUGUGGCCCCGUAUCGCUUCUGCUUCCGGUACUGUUGUCUAAACUAUUGAAAGCAAGAAAAAAGGACAAAAAAACUUCAUUUCAUAAUUUUAAACUCUUCUAUUACACUUUAAUAA